UUCCGGCUUUUUGCGGCCCUUUCCUUUUUAGCGCUCGGCGCCUGUGAGCCCGCGCUCCUCUUUCCUCUGUUGCCGCCGGGUUCCUGGGUCAGCCGACACCAUGGGUUUUGGAGACCUGAAAAGCCCCGCCGGUCUCCAGGUGCUCAACGACUAUCUGGCGGACAAGAGCUACAUCGAGGGGUAUGUGCCAUCACAAGCAGACGUGGCAGUAUUUGAAGCAAUUUCCGGCCCACCACCUGCUGAUUUGUAUCAUGCCCUACGUUGGUACAACCACAUCAAGUCCUAUGAAAAGGAAAAAGCCAGCCUGCCUGGAGUGAAGAAAGCUUUGGGCAAGUAUGGCCCUGCUAAUGUGGAAGACACCACAGGAAGUGGAGCUACAGAUGGUAACGAUGAUGAUGACAUUGAUCUCUUUGGAUCUGAUGAUGAGGAGGAAAGCGAAGAAGCAAAAAGACUAAGAGAAGAACGCCUUGCACAGUAUGAGUCAAAGAAAGCCAAAAAACCCGCGCUUGUUGCCAAGUCUUCCAUCUUACUAGAUGUGAAACCUUGGGAUGAUGAGACGGACAUGGCGAAACUAGAGGAGUGUGUCAGGAGCAUUCAAGCAGACGGCUUGGUCUGGGGCUCUUCUAAACUGGUUCCAGUGGGGUAUGGAAUUAAAAAACUUCAAAUACAGUGUGUAGUGGAAGACGAUAAAAUUGGAACAGACAUGCUGGAGGAGCGGAUCACUGCUUUUGAGGACUAUGUACAGUCCAUGGAUGUGGCUGCUUUCAACAAGGUCUGAAGUCCGUCCUGGAUUGUUGCCCUUAAAUAAAAGCUUGAAAGAAAAAGCUUG